AUGAAUUCUGAUUCGAGCUCUGUCUCCAGCAGAGCUUCAUCGCCGGACAUGGAUGAGAUGUAUCUGAGGGAACAUCACCACCGCCACCACCACCACCAGGAGAGCCGUCUCAACUCGGUCUCCUCCACUCAGGGCGACAUGGUGCAGAAGAUGCCCGGGGAGAGUCUCUCGCGGGCCGGCGCCAAGGCCACGGGCGAGAGUAGCAAGUACAAAAUCAAGAAGCAGCUGUCGGAGCAGGACCUACAGCAAUUACGGCUGAAGAUCAACGGCCGCGAGCGCAAGCGGAUGCACGACCUCAACCUAGCCAUGGACGGGCUGCGCGAGGUCAUGCCCUACGCGCACGGGCCCUCGGUGCGCAAGCUCUCCAAGAUCGCCACUCUCCUGCUGGCCAGAAACUACAUCCUCAUGCUCACCAGCUCCCUGGAGGAGAUGAAGAGGUUGGUUGGCGAGAUCUACGGGGGCCACCACUCUGCCUUCCACUGCGGGACCGUGGGCCACUCCGCCGGCCACCCAGCACACGCCGCCAACGCCGUGCACCCGGUGCACCCCAUCCUGGGCGGCGCGCUCUCGUCCGGCAACGCCUCGUCGCCGCUGUCCGCCGCCUCGCUGCCGGCCAUCGGCACCAUUCGACCUCCCCACUCUCUGCUCAAGGCGCCCUCCACGCCGCCGGCCCUGCAGCUGGGCAGCGGCUUCCAGCACUGGGCCGGGCUGCCGUGCCCCUGCACCAUCUGCCAGAUGCCGCCGCCGCCGCACCUUUCCGCCCUCUCCACCGCCAACAUGGCUCGGCUGUCGGCCGAGUCGAAGGACUUGCUCAAGUGA